UGAAUCUAGCAGAUUGAUAGGUAACGUUAGAAAUUUGUACUUGUGUGUUGGCUACUAUACAAACUUUAAAGUUUACAUUUAGACUCUACAAACAAAAAGAAUCAGAGAUUCAGAUUUAAAAAAGAAACAUGCUUAGCGACAAAGAUAUAAAGUGCCAAUAUCAGUUUCGAGAUUCUGUAAAGUAUUUCAACAGCAAUCUUUUAAUUGCAAGUUAUAUUGUUAAUGCUAUCGUUACACUAGCAUCAAAUAUUGCUCUUAUUGUUGGAUUACGUAACACAACAAGAAGCAAAAAGUACACUCGAAACGAAAAACUUGUUAUCGUACUCACAAUUACUGAUAUAUUGAAUACUUUGGUGGUCUCAUCAUCUCAAACAAUACUGUUAAGACAGAUUAAUAACUUUAGUUGUUUAGAUAUAUCAAUGAUAACGUUUUUUCGUGUUUGGUUUUUGGGAAUAUCGGGGUGUACCUUUUUAAUGAUUUCUAUUGAGCGAUAUUUAACCGUGUUUUAUAAUAACAAGAUUUGUGGAAUCUAUAUCAAAGAUUCAUAUUUCGUUGGAUACUUUGUUUUUAUCAUAUUUUUUACCUUUUGUACUGCUGUUUUAUACGGAGUAGUGUUUUCUACAUCAAACAUGCACUUACAGUUUAUGCUUCACAUUGGCACUGGAUGCUUUACGUUUGCAUUACUAUCUAUGAUUGUUGCUACAAAUAUUCUAUUGUUAUUCAAAACGAAGGAAAAAUUAAGAAAUAACUCACUUAGAGCUCAGAGAAACACUGAAAUUGAAAACUAUAUCACGAAAACCGUGGUGAUAAUAUCGCUUGCGAACGUAUUGUUUUAUACGCCAUGCUUUGCAGCUCAAUGCCACUUGUCGUAUAUUUUUUCAAAAGCUCUUUAUUCUCUUAUUCCCUCUGUACAUCGGAUAUUUAUGUGGACUCUGGUUAUCAGAGAAAUUGGUCCGUGGUUGAACGCUUUGAUUUAUGCGUUGAGAAAUAGAAGAAUUUAUAAAAUGUAUUUUUCGAAAAUUAAUUUAUUUUUUAGAAACAAUUCUGUCACAGUUAAUUUAGUUCAAGAAACCUCAUCUGUUACCAAAUCAACAUCUAUGAUGUAAGAAACCUCGUUGUAACGUUGUUAACAAUAGUUAAAAUGGGACUUCGUAACUUCGUAUUAUAAGGAACAACUUUUAAAAAAUAAUGA